GUGGCCAGUGCAACACAGGUUUCAGUGUGGCCGUUGCUUGCCAUAAAAUAGGGGGUAAUUAAUUAGAAUUAAAGAAACACACAAAAUAGACUAAACAGACACAAUUAAACGAAAAUGCAUAAACCAUAGAAAUGGCUCGAAUAUUGGGAACGAAAGGCCCCCUUAACCGCUGACAACAACAUGUUCCUACAGAAAUGUGCAUUGUGCAUUGAGUUUGAUCCCAAAGAGCCCCGCCCUGCCUUGUCCCCUCAGCCAAGCUCAGCUUAGUUUUGGGGUCAUCGUCUCGCAUUUAUACCAACCAAAGGCCAAGCCCACAACAACACCACCUGCACCCAGCACCAGUUGUGUCACGUACUAACCCAUCCUCUCAUCCCCAUCCAACAUCGCAUAUUCCCCAAAAUGGAUGAGGAUAUAAUGAAUGCAGUGGAAUCUCUUUUCGGCAAGGAUGUAAAAAUUGUCGAUUGCGAAACUUCGUCUUCCUUGCAGCAGGAAGAGGUUUUGCUCAUCAAUGGUGUGCCAGUUAAAUUGGACGGCAUACCAGUUGAUGAUGCCAAUGCCAUUAAGCGAGCGCUGCUUGAUGGCCAAAUGCCGUCGGUGGAGCAGUUAAAUCAGCUUCUCUUCCGCGCCGGCCUGGCGCAGCAGCCGAUUGAGGUAGAAACUUCUCUAACCGUCAAGUCUUCCGUUACCACCACUGAGGAAGUGUUGGUUUCUCGCAAUGGCCAAAUCCUGGACGAGCGCACGGUGGAAACCAAAGAGAACUUCAAUCACCAGUCACAUCAGAAGGAAAUCUGGCAGCCUGCAAAACAGCAGUCGGCAUUAAAUCGAGCCACACCAGAGAAUGCUCUGAAGUAUGGUUCCAAUUCGACAUUUGCCUCCUCCCAAGCGACAGACACCGACGACCGUUUGCGGCAGCUUAAUCAAACCUUCUCAAAUGUAUCGCUAAUGUCGAACACUAGUUCGGCUAUUGGCUCGGCAUCAUCGACGACUCUGGGGGACAAAAGCUCGAAUAUAAGUAGCUGCGACUCUGGCCACGAUGGCAUAUUUCACAGUGUAUCUAUGGGUGGUCCCCCAUAUGCUAAUAAGGCGGACAAUACCAUUACUGAUUCAUUGUACUGUGACAUUACGAGUUCAGCGGAUGAUGAAUCCGAUGCAAAUUCCAUUUUGCACCAACAAUUGCGAAUAACAGAACAAGACCCUGACGAAGAGCUAUCGUAUGCCAAAGAUCUGCCCAAGGCGGGAACACUCAAUGAGCUGCUCCAAAUGAUGUUUAAACGUCGAAAUGAGGACAUUGAGUUUGCCUUGUUAGUCACAUUGCGAAUGUUUCUUACUCCCGCCGAACUUUUUGCCGAAAUGACUAAGACAUCUGUUAAAUAUCAGGACACAGUCUUUCUUCAUUUACUAACUCGCUGGGUGCAAAUAUGUCCUGUCGACUUUAACAAUGAAAUCCUUAUGCAUGAGUUAAACAAACAGCAGGCUUUACUCCAACAAUUGGGAAUACCCCAGCGAUUGGAGAAAAUCGAGUCUAAUCGGCAAAUCCAAUUCCGGUCUAUGCUAAUCAAACAGUCUUCGAGCAGUUCUCUGGGUCGACAAAGCAGUAUUAAGUCAUUGAAGCGCUUUUACAAACCAGACAACAUUAUAAACAUUUGCAGCAAUCCCUUCGAAUUGUCCCAUCAACUGUUUGCGAUUGAAUAUGCCUAUCUAUCGCAAAUACAAGUUGAAGAAUUUGUCGACCUUCUCAGCCAAGGAAAGCUGCAAUCGAAUCUUGAACAGACAAAGGCUGGAACAUUAAGUGCCAAUGGCAGAACAGAAGUUAAUAUAGAAGCCUAUAUUCAAUGGUUUCAUCACCUAAGUCAGUUAGCAGCCACUGAAAUCCUUAAGCUUGGAAAAAAAUCUCAGCGUGCUCAAAUGAUUGACUUUUGGAUAGACACAGCCAUGGAGUGUUUUAAUGUAGGGAAUUUCAAUAGUCUAAUGGCCAUAGUGAAAACCCUUCAAACGACUGCCAUAGUCAGACUAAAGAAGACCUGGGCUAAAGUUCAAGGAAUCACAAAAUUAAAUGGACUAGAGCACCAAAUGGAUUCGAGUUCGAAUUACAACAAUUAUCGCUCGACCAUGAAGACAGCCAUUUGGCGUUCGGCACAAUCCACGGCCAAUAAAAUUGAUCGUGCCCUUAUACCCUAUUUUAAGUUGAUUCUCGAGGAUUUAUUGGCCAUAUAUAAAAAUCAUGAAAAUAAACUGGCCAAUGGACUAAUUAACUUUGAGAAAUGCUUUUUAAUGGGCUCCGAAUUAAAGAGAUUUUAUAAUUGCCAACAUUUGGACUGCCCCUUUGAUCAGUUGCCUCAGAUUGUUAAUUAUUUACAGAAGACAGAGGCCUUUAGCGAGGAUUUGUUAAUGAGAACCUCCUACGAAUGUGAACCACCCGAGAAUAUCGAGGAGAAGGAUCAUUUCAAGACACUAAAAGCGGCAAAGAAGUCCUAGAAGUAACCGAAAAAACAAACAAUGCAAAAAUUGCCUUGCACUUCGUUUUGUUGGCAUUAAUUAAUCACUUCUUUUUUCUUUUGCGUAAAUAGUAACACGAUAAUCUGCAAACUA